AUGCUGGCCGUCGUGGAGCUGCUGCUGCUGGGGGCGGCGUGGCUGGCGGGCCCGGCCCGCGGGCAAAACGAGACGGAGCCCAUCGUCCUGGAGGGCAAGUGCCUGGUGGUGUGCGACUCCAACCCCACGUCAGACCCCACGGGCACGGCUCUCGGCAUCUCCGUGCGCUCCGGCAGCGCCAAGGUGGCUUUCUCGGCCAUCAGGAGCACCAACCACGAACCGUCCGAGAUGAGUAACCGCACCAUGAUCAUAUACUUCGACCAGGUACUAGUGAACAUCGGGAACAACUUUGAUUCGGAGCGCAGCACUUUCAUUGCCCCGCGCAAGGGGAUCUACAGUUUUAACUUUCAUGUGGUGAAAGUCUACAACCGACAGACCAUCCAGGUGAGCCUCAUGUUAAAUGGGUGGCCAGUGAUUUCAGCCUUCGCCGGUGACCAAGACGUGACCCGGGAAGCCGCCAGCAAUGGAGUCCUAAUCCAGAUGGAAAAAGGCGACCGCGCAUACCUCAAACUGGAGCGGGGAAACUUGAUGGGAGGCUGGAAGUAUUCAACCUUUUCGGGAUUCCUGGUGUUUCCCCUCUGACUGGCUCUUAGAGAACGGAGGCAGGGUGAGGGCCAAGGCAGAAGGGGAGGGAGUCAGAGUCUAAGAUGUAGAGUGUAAUCACCCUGCACAACUGGAGACUUCCUCCCCGCGUUGCCCAGCUUGUGUGCAGUAAAGGUGCUGGGCUGGUGGUCGGAAGUGGUUGUCCGCUUCCUCAUUAGAAGUAAAUUUGCUUAGUUCUGCAUACUCCCAUUUCCAAAAAUAAACUCCCUGCCCCCAUUCCAGUUACAGUAUCAUGAAAGAGACUGUCUUGUCCUUGUUUCUACCCUCACGUUUAUGUUCCCCAUAAUUUAUUUAAAAGAAACCUUGUAUUUCACUGUAUGAUGUGAAAAAUAUUUCCGUCCCAAUUCCCUUCUGAACCCUUCCAUGUACUGAAAUUGAAUACGGCCACCCCCGUUUUUGUUUUGUUUUUCUUCAGUUUGGGGACGGUGUUUACUUUUGUUUUUGGAUUGGGGAGGUAGCUUUAAUUUGGCAAAUGCUAUUCUUCUUUUAAAAGAUGCUCAAAACUUAAUUAGAUGAAUACACUUUGUAUCCUGGCUGCUUGAUAGCAGAGAAAGGACUCAUCUUCGUGGUCAUUGGUUUGAAAAAGUAUAUAUAUAGAGUUAAAUAUAUAUCAUUUGUACACGAAGAAAUCUUCCCGGUGGAAACUGACUGUAUUCCCCUAGUUCUAUGUUCUCUUUGGGGUGAUGGUGAACUCUAAGGCUGCUUAAUGUUCUGAUGCUUGUCUAUGCCCUUGUACUGUGUGGCAUAACCAAACGCCAGGAGGUUCUUUCCGGACGCUUUCUCGUCCUCUGUAAUGUAUGUGUGAACAGCCAAGUUUUAAUUUUGCUUUAACCCAAUAAAAUUGACGUGGGACUUUU